AUGCCUCUUGUUGUCCCAGGAAUAAACUCUUCCUUGACCGGAAACGAAAAGACCGACUGGGUCGAGAAGCUGCUCGGCAAGAAACUGACCGACUCUACGAAUGAUGAAAUUUCCUUCGCAAAGACCGAUUUGCCGUCGAACCACCGCGUGGUGAAACCCAAUGACAUGACUACUGCCGACUAUAAGCCUGAUAGACUGAAUAUCCAUGUGGAUGACGACGGAACUGUACGGGAUGUUCGGUAUGGCUAA